GAGGGUGAGAAGCUACCAAGAGCUACUUUGCCUCUCUUAGCGCUCAUCUCUUGGAGAAAGACAGCCAGCAUGUCUAUCAGAAACUACUCCUCUCAAAAGAUUGCCAGUUCGAGCACCUCGUCUGCCAUGGGCAGCCAGGUGUUUGUUCGACGUGCACAGAGUGUGUACGGAGGUGCUGGUGGCUCUGGUGCCCGUAUCUCCUAUUCCACAUCUAGUGGUGGUGGUGGUGGAUUUGGCUAUGGAUAUGGCCUGUCCCUGGGGGGUGGUGGCGGUGCUGGUUUUGGUGGCGGUGCUGGUUUUGGUGGCGGCGGAGAUUUUGGUCUCUCCUUCAACGAGAAGGCCACCAUGAUAAACCUCAAUGACCGCCUGGCCGCCUACCUGGAGAAGGUGCGCACCCUGGAGACCUCCAACGCCACCCUGGAGAGGCAGAUCCGUGAGUGGAGCCAGAACCGCUUAGUUAUCAGCCAUGACUACAGUGCCUACUGGAAGACCAUCACUGACCUCCGGGACAAGAUUGGUGCAGCAAGCAUGACCAAUGCCAGGAUUAUUCUCCAGAUUGACAAUGCCAAAUUGGCAACCGAUGACUUUAGAGUCAAGUAUGAGAACGAGCUGGCAAUGAGGCAGUCUGUUGAAGCUGACAUCGCUGGACUGAGGAGGGUCCUGGACGAGCUGACUCUGACCAGAUCCUCCCUGGAGAUGGAGAUCGAGGGUCUGAAGGAGGAGCUGAUCUACCUCAAGAAGAAUCACGAGGAGGCACUCCUGGCCUUUCGUUCACAGGUGGGCGGGUCGGUCAAUGUGGAGGUGGACGCUGCCCCACAGCAGGACAUGUCCAGAGUCCUGGACGAGAUGAGAGCGCAGUACGAGGGCAUCGUUGAAAAGAACCGGCGGGAUGUGGAGGCUUGGUACAAGAACAAGUUUGACGAGCUCAACAAGCAAGUGGCCACCAGCACAGAAGUUCUCCAGACAUCCAAGACCGAGAUCUCAGAACAUCGGAGGACCAUCCAGGGACUGGAGAUUGAACUGCAGUCUCAGCUCAGCAUGAAAUCUGCGCUGGAAGGCACUCUGUCAGAAACAGAGGGCCGCUACGGGGCACAGUUGAGCCAUCUGCAAACGAUCAUCAACAGGCUGGAGGCUGAAGUGAUGCAGGUCCGAAUAGACAUGGAGCGCCAGGGCAAUGAGUACAAGAUGCUGCUGGACAUCAAGACCCGCCUGGAGAUGGAGAUCGCAGAGUACAGGCGCCUGCUGGACGGGGAGGAUUCAGGGAAAGGUUACAAUUUGCAGAAGGCUCAGACUGUGGUGAAAACAGUAGAGGAAGUGAAAGUCAAAGCACCUGUUGUUACCAAGACCAGGAUGGUAAAGACCAUGAUAGUGGAGGAGGUUGACGGCGUGGUGGUCAAUACCAGAGAGGAGAUGGUUGAGGAGCCCAUGUAAACAGCACCUCAUCGGGCAAGAAGAAGGGCAGCAACUGGUGGAAGCAAAAAAAAUCUUUCCCUUUUCUGUUAACUUGACCCACUGAAAUAAACAAAAUCAGUCUUCCUGAGAAUUGUACUGAAUACAUUGCAUGCCUAUAUUUCAGUUGUCCUCUUCUGCAAAUAAGUAAAUCAAUAAAUGGCUCUUUCUUGCAUUGCAAAA